CUUUGCUGUAUGUAGCAGUUCAAACUCCAAAGAACCUCCGCCAUGGACGCCACGCCAACUAAUACAUCAUCCAACGAUGACAACCAGGAGAUUCCCAGCGAUCACUGGACUACCGUGCCGACAUUCAUGCCGCAAGUGCAACCGGCAGCAUUGGUGAUCAAAAUGGGCUUCAAUCGCGUGUUCCAGUACCAACCCGUGACGCAUUACGUGUUCUCGAUGCAGUGUCCAGCGACCCACACGUGGUGGGUCAUUCGGAAACGCUACUCCGAGUGUGACGCCAUGCGGAAAUCACUCUUGCGCCUCUUGAAAACCACCUCCCGGGAUGCCAACCUCGCCAACGUCACUCGACUGCUUCAAAAAGUAGCCGACAUGUCCACGUUCCCAGGCAAACACCUCCGAGACGAUGACGACGAUAUCAGGGCCGAGCGCUUGGUUGGGCUUCGGAAGUUUUCAACUUUGUUGGUGGCCAUCCGACUGAGCAGCAUGGUGCUCGCAGUGCAAACCCCGGUUCCGCCCUCGUUGUUUGUGUAUUACAUCAAUCACAUGUACCACGACCUGUCAGAUUUCUUGCAAGUGCCCGAGCCUCAAGUGCACCAGGAACUGCAUCACGUCAUUGGCAAGAUAUCUCCCCACAUUCCCCCCUCGGUGACCAAGCCAGCCAACGUGCAAAGUGCCAACGAAGGUACGACGGAUGUCAUUUGCGCCAUUUGCCUCGACGGAGUGGACCGCGGCGCGCAAGAAGUGCUCGAACUGGUGCAAUGCGGCCACACGUUCCACAAGGAGUGCGUCGGCGGCUGGCUCAAAGACCACUGCACGUGUCCUCUCUGCCGAACCAUGUCGUUUGACGAAGAGUUCAUGGUCGAAUAUGUUACGCAACGGGUGCUGUUGAAAAGUCGCCACGAUUUGCUGUACCUGCUCAACAAAGCGCGGUUCCAGUUCGACCUGUUUCGGCAACAAGACGCGGCCGCGUCGCUUUCCCCGAUACCCCCCAGUCAUCCUCACCACUAUCAUCACGACGCGUUGGACCAACAUAUCGCGUGUGCCGUAUGCAUGGACGACCUCACAGGCCGGGAUCAUCAUCCGGAUACCCUCGAGCUCGAAUGCGGGCACGCGUUCCACCGCCGAUGCAUCUACGGAUGGCUGGGAGAUCACACGACAUGUCCAAUCUGCCGGCGGUUGUCCCACUACGGUCACCUCCCGCCUACUCCUUGAAAAGCCAUUGCGCGAGUGUGUGUUGUGGCAUAUUGUCAAAUAUGUACAGAUCAAUAUGCAAAGUGAUAUUGAUAUUGAUAUUACGCUGUAAAGUUAAAAUCAUAUGCAAAGUGAACUUUGGGA